AUGAAAUAAUUAUCAAAAUCAAUAAGAUAUGCUUAUUGGAAUACAAUAAAGGAUAUCAAUCCUCUUUUUGUAGAAGCAUAAUAUGCAGUGAGAGGAUAGGUGCCUUCAAUGGCAGCUACAAUCUAAGAGGAAAUAAACUCAGGCAAAAAAUACCCUUUUGAUUCUAUCACCGAGUUGAAUAUAGGUAAUCCAUAAACAUUUGGUUAAAAACCAAUAACAUUCAAUAGAAGUGUUUUAUCAUCUAUGUUGGAUCCAAAUAUCUUAAAAUAUCAAUCAGGAGAUGUAUAAAGAAGAGUGAAGUUUUAUAAUGAUAAAAUUGGUUUCUAAGUUGGUGCCUAUAGUUAAUCUCCAGGAUAUCCAAUAAUAAGAGAAGCUGUUGCAAAGUAAUAAUAAUUAAUUUACUCUCUUUUAGUUUUAUCUAAAAAAGAGAUGCCACAAAAAAUAAACCUUCAAUUAAUGAUAUUAUCUUAACUGAUGGUGCAUCUUCAGGCAUUACUUUAAUGUUUAACUUAUUGCUAAAAGAUAAAACUGAUGGUGUCAUGAUUCCUAUUCCAUAAUAUCCUCUCUAUUCUGCGGUUAUUGCAUAAUGUGGAGCAUAACAAAUACCUUAUUAUUUAGUUGAAGAUAAGAAUUGGUCAGCAGAACAAUAAUAAUUAGAAGGUAUACUUUUCAAAUAUUUUUUAUUUAGAAUAAUAUUAGAAAGCCAAAAGAAAUGGAAUCAAUCCAAGAAUUUUAGUAUGCAUCAAUCCAGGAAAUCCUACAGGUUAAGUAUUUGAUAAAUAGAGCAUUGUUGAAAUGAUCAAGUAUUAUUCUCUUUUUAUUCAGGUUUGCUGCAGAUAAGAAAAUUACUAUUUUCGCUGAUGAAGUCUAUUAAGAAAAUAUUUAUGACUCAAAGAAAAAGUUUAUAUCUUUUAGAAAAGUAGCCAAUGAACUUAAUUUGGAUGUAGAAAUUUAUUCUUUCCACUCAAUCUCUAAAGGAAUUACUGGAGAAUGUGGUUUAAGAGGUGGCUAUAUGGAAAUAACAUCUAAGAUUGAUUCAGAAGUUCAUUUUUAAAUUCAUAAAUCUAAAAGUAUAUUUUAAUAUAAUCUGUAUAGCAAUAAUGCUUUGUUCCAAUACAGUAGGGUAAUUGAUGACAGGAUUAAUGGUUACUCCACCAACUGUUGAAGAAGGUUGUUCUGAAUUCACUGUUUUAUAAUAUAAUGAUGAAUGCAAAGCUCUCUUUACUAGUUUAUAAAGAAGAGCUGCCAUUGUUACUCAAUAUCUUAAUUAAACCAAAGGUGUUUCUUGCCAACCUAUUGAAGGUGCAAUGUAUGCAUUCCCAAGGAUCUACUUAUCAGGUAUUUUUAAUAUAUUACUGUUUUAGAUAAAUAUGUCUAACAUGCUAAGAAAUUAGGUUAUGAACCUGAUGUUUUAUAUUGCUUAGAUCUUCUAAAAGAAACUGGAUUAGUUGUUGUCCCAGGAUCAGGGUUCUUGUAAUAUCCAGGAACAUAUCAUUUCAGAAUGACAAUCUUGAUUUUACCAGAAGAGAAACUUCUAGCUAAAAUGAAAAUAUUCCAACAAUGGCAUGAAAAUUAUCUUGCAAAAUUCUAAUGAUCAUUUGUAUAUUUUAUGAACAAAACAAUAACAACA